UGACGAUCAAUUGUUACGACCGAACACUCGUUAUCAUACAGAAGCCGAAGAAUAUUCUAAUUUUAUUAACAUUUUUAAGUAAUUACUCGCGUUUGUUUGUAUCGAUCUCAUUGCUCGAUCGACCUACUAAUCGUAUCAGUUAGUACACGUAACGUUUAUCAAAUCAACGUGAUUCUAUUACUAUUUGAACAUUUUUUUUUUUAAUUUUUAAAUUUUAAUUAUUUAAAAUAAUACCAAAAAUUAAAAUCCUGAACUAUCGACAUUCGUACAACUUUGACGUGCAAUACAUACUAAGUCAUUUUAGUGAUACAUUUUAAAACGUUUACGUUUAAACGUAUUAAAUUUAAAUCAAUAUUCGUACAUUUGUUUCAAUCUUAGUCGAUAUAUUUUUUUUAUAAUAAUCGGUUUAAGAUUAUAAUAUUAUACUCUGAAAAUGUCGAAAUUCAUACUGGUUAUGACAUUCGUUUACGCAGUACUGUGUAGUAUGCAAAAAAAUGCUUUCCAUCAUGUGGAUGCCGCUCCAUCAAUCACACGCGACGAUUUAACUGCUGUGUUGCCCGGUUCGCUGACCGAGCUGUUUGACUCGGAAGCGUUCGAACGGAUCUGGCGGAAGGCGGCCGCCGAUCAGAUGGUCAAGCGGUUUGGGGACGGCGCCGGACGUGACGGCGGCGCUACGACGCGCAACAUGAUCGGCGACUACAUGGUGACGGACGAGUUCCACCAAGCCGUGUGCAAGGCCGGCGGCCAGGGCAUGUCGUCCAUGGGCGGCAUGAUGGGCAACGCGCCGCCCCCGUGGUCGUACAUGGGCACGUUCAUCGGUUCCGACAAGUUCCAGCACGGUACGUGCGACAUGAUGUCGCAGGGACUGAUCCAGUUCGGCGAGGGUAUGAACGGAUGGUUCCGGUCGGCCGACGCUGACGCCACCGCGGCGGCCCUGGACCCGCUGCGGGCGGUCGACGCGUUCUUCCGGUCCGAGCACUACGACAACGCCCGGGAAAAGCUGCGCGACAUGUUCUCGGACGUCCGGUUCUAAUCCGCCUGAAUUCGCCGCGGAUCUACUGCCAUUUAAUCUUACACGAUAUUAUUACGCAAUGUAUUAUAAUGGACCGUUGUCAAUAUUUAUAUCAUCGUCGUCGUCAUCGCCGCCACCGCGACAAUAUUACAAAAAAUAACGCGUUUCAUCAAUAAUUAAUUUUCAUAAGCACUAUUUUAUAUGUCGCACGACAGUAUUAUUAUUAUUUCGUCGAUGAUCGCAAACGUUAUGAUUUGAUACACCCGUCGGUCGUUUUUUUACGACCAUUAUAUUACACAUACACACACGUGUUCACUAAAAUUACGACCAAAUGUCAUACAUUUAAUUUUUUUGUUUAUAUAAUAUUAAUGCUUACAGCUUACAACUUACUGUAGCCUCGCGUAGGUCGUUUAACUUCUAUCACGCGAACACGCAUAAAGCGUUUAAGUCUCUGUCGUUUCUUGUACGAAACAAAAUAUUACGUUCACGCCAUUUGCAAUAAUCCAUGAAUACUUGUAAUUAAAAUAAGCGCACACGUUAAUUUGUUUUAUUUAAGUCACAACAUUCAGAAACAUCCAGUGAUGAGUUCAGUGAGUUCAAUGUUUCUAGUUAAAUACCUUUUUAAUUUUAUUAUUGUACACUUAAAUAUCGACAGCAUUAUUUUUUAAUAGUUAUAAUAAUAGUAAAAAUGCAUAUUUAUAUAUUCCUGAUCAUAUCUCAACAAUAUAAAUACUUGUAUAAAAAUGAUUUACGAAAUUUACUACGUAUUCCUAAAGGUACGUCAUAUAAAAUGGAAUAUUAGAUUUAAUAUUAUCUCCGUGCACCUAUAUAUUUAAUAAUAUUUGUAAGUGAUGUGUAUGAAUUUAGAUAAUUAAAUUUAAUCAAUUAA